CUCUUCUCGAACUUCCACUUCCGUCGUCAUCGUUCGAGGACGACGGAAGUGGCGGAACGAUGUCUGCGAACAAGCCCCCCGCAACCUCUGGAAACUCGAAACCCAUCCCGAUUUCGAUGUCCAAUCCUAUCCUGGCCGCGGCGCCUCCGAAUCCCGGUCCUGGACCGGCAGCGAUGUCGAUUGGGAACCCGAAUACGUCGAUCGCCAUGGCCCCGGCACCUUCCGCAGCAAUGGUGGCCGCCGCGGCGGCUGCAUUAACCAGCCAGCAACAGCAACAACUCAAACGAAUGGGUCUUGGCAUGGGCAUGCAAAUGCCGUCAGGUGCGAACCUAAAUGCAUUGCAGCAAUUGAACAACAUGAACGUGGCGGCGAUGCAGCUCCAAAUGAAUCAACAGCAACACCGCAUGAAUGUCGCGUCAGCCCAAGCACACAACCGAGCGUUCAAGCCGACGAAUGUCAGUGUCAAUUCCGCGGUCGCAGUUGCUGUCGCAUCUGCCUCGACAGUUCCCGUUCCAGUCAACACCGCUGGUGCUGGUGCUCUUAACUUGUCGGGGACAUGGGAACUCGAUCGCGACGCGUCCGAUUCCACAAACGACUAUUUGGAAGCGAUGGGGUUGCCAUUAAUUGCCCGACAAGCGGCGGACAAACUCGACCUGACCGUGAUCAUUCUGCAAACCCCCGGCGAGUUCACCAUCACCCGUCGCACGCGCAUCUUCCUCGAGACCAAGCAGUUAAAGUUCGGUCAAGAAGUCGUUAUCAAGACCAACACGAUCAAAGUGAUGGGUGAACCUACUUCGAUCAAGACUGUGACGCAUCUCUCGGGCUUCCGCGGCAUCUUGCAUGAUGUGCGAACGCUCGACGAAUUGGGUCGCAUGCGCGUCGAGUUGACGCUGACGCUGCCCGACAACGACAAGCCCAACGUUGUGAUCACACGGUACUUCAAAAAGACGAGCGAUUCGACAUCGCUGGACAACCUGCCGCCGUACGAACCGUUCCCGGACGCGCCGUCCGACAAGCGAAAAAGAUGAAUCGAUUGAGGCAGUGCCUUGCAAAAGGUCGCGCGGCCUCCAUCGUUGAUUUCAACGAAUCCACAUUCUUUCGUGUCAUUCUGAAUCGUGUUUAUUUUUGUUAAAUGUCCUUGGCAAUCGAUGGACAAAACACAUCGAGCUGAA